AUGGACACAAAACAAACACACCCAGAUGUCUGUGUUACUUCAGGCCCAGGGGGGGUCGACGCUACGCCGUCCAACCCCAGCAAGGAGGAAAUGAUUGGCAGGCAGCUUACAGAACCAGGACGUUUUGCUUACGUGGGGCUUUGUGGCGUGUGCCUGGGACAGAUGUUUACAGGGCCUGCCAACAGGGCGUUUCGGGAGCAGUUCCUAGAAGGCCUGGUGCACUGGCUGGGUCUGGACCAGUCAGUGAUGUCCGUGAUGGGGGCCUUUUCUUCAGGCGUGGGAUGUGACGGCUCUGAGACCUUCCUCUCCAUCCUCCAGGCAGAACCACUGCUGGUGGCUGGAGCUGCACCCAUCAUGCAGGACUUGGUGUGUUUUUCUAUCAAAGAUGGCCAGUACGAUGCCAGAGCAAGGGUUCUUAUCCGCCAUGUCAGCUGUCUGCUCCGAGUUGCUCCUCAGCAGCAGGAGGAGUUUGAGGAAACGCUGGGAGAGAAGCUGGGGGAACCAGAAGAGGAGAGCGAAGAGGAGUCAUCUCUGCGGGUGAGGAAGGAGAGAGGGCGAAAAUUACGACGCUACCUCCUCGUUGGUUUAGCCACUCUCGGCGGGGGAACUGUGAUAGGUGUGACGGGGGGGCUGGCAGCACCUUUGAUGGUAGCUGGUGCCAGUGCUGUGCUGGGGGCAGGAGGAGCAGCAGCUCUGGGUUCAGCGACUGGCAUUGCAGUCAUGGCCUCCUUAUUCGGAGCAGCAGGGACCGGACUGACUGGCUAUAAAAUGAACAAGUGUGUUGGAGCCAUAGAGGAAUUCGAAUUCCUGCCUUUGAGUUCUGGGAAGCACCUCCACCUAACCAUAGCAGUGACUGGCUGGCUCUGUACUGGCAAAUAUAGUUCCUUCCAGGCUCCAUGGUGCAGCCUUGGGCAGUGUGGGGAGCAAUACUGUCUGGUUUGGGAGUCCCGCUUCCUCAGGGACCUUGGCUCUGUCAUGGCCUCUCUGUUUGACGGACUUGUCAGCAUGGUGGCCCAGGAGGCUCUCAAAUACACCGUUCUCUCAGGCAUCAUGACAGCCCUGACAUGGCCUGCACCUCUGCUGGCGGUGGCCAGCGUCAUCGACCACCCCUGUGUGUGUCUGAGCCGCUCAGCAGAGGUGGGGAAAAACCUGGCCCAGGUGUUGAGAAGCAGGCAGCAGGGGAAGCGGCCUGUCAGUCUCAUAGGGUUCAGUCUGGGAGCCAGAGUGAUCUACUUUUGUCUACAGGAGCUUGCCAACGACCAAGGUAGUGAAGGAGUGGUGGAGGACGUCUUUCUCCUGGGGGCACCGGUGGAUGGCUCAGAGAAGGCCUGGGAGAGAAUGACCAAAGUAGUGGCCGGCAAAAUAGUAAAUGGAUACUGCAGAGGGGACUGGCUGCUGGGAUUCCUGUACCGAAGCUCAGCUGCACAGCUGUCUGUUGCUGGGCUGCAGCCAAUCAACGUCAGUAAUUGCUGCAUAUUCAAUGUGGAUCUGUCGUCUGUGGUAAAGGGUCACUUAGACUACAUGCGUCAGAUGGACACCAUAUUAGUAGCAGUGGGAGUUCCCACCAGAGAAGUUCCAGGAGCCUCAGCCUGCGUUGCACCUUUGGAACCUGUAACAAUAUUAGAGGGGACAGUGGAGAACCUGGAUCAAGAUCUCAGAGAGCAGUCACCACAGAAGGAAUUGCCUGAAUGCAGCUCAGCUGGGAAAUAUGAGACCUGCACCAGAAAGGCUGGAGACAUUAUCUAGGAAGUAAAGACAGAGGACACUUGGGGUGGUUAGGAUAUCCCUGGUAUUUCAGCUCUGCUGGUCCUGAAUGAUGCUGAAGGUAAAGUUGAAAAAGAAGUUGGGGAUAAUUCGCUGUUUAGUUUUGAGGGGAAUGACACUAAUAAUGAGCCACGUGGUGCUCCUAAUGCCCAGUUUCAUGGUGCAGAAGCUGACCUUGAUGAUGAGCAUGCAUGGCGGAGCUGGGAUGACUCACACUGGCAGUCUAAACACACACAAGGGCAACCUGUCAGGUAG